UCUCUCUACGUUUCUCUCACUACCAACCGCAUUUGAACAGGGGGGAGAAGUUUUCUCUCUCUACCAGCUCUCCUUCUCGACGCCUUCGCUCUGAACACUCUGAAUAAUAUGUAUUUAUAUAUUCAUCGUUGAAUCAGUUCCAAGACCCAUUCUUACUCUCUCUCUCUCUGGAUUUUCAGCCUGCAGAGAACGCCGCUUUCAAACCUUGAAAAUCCAGUUCAAAGAGAAAGUUGCGGAGAAAUUCGGCACAAAAGAUCAAGAUUUUGAAUGACCCUUUUUUUACUAUAAGUAUUGAGAUUUUACUCUCACAGGUUGUAGGGGGAGUUGCUCACGAUUUAUGCCGGAUAAGGAAGAAAGUCGCCGGGAUAAUUCCUUUUCCGGUGAAAAAAAGGCAAGAGAAGCAAGUUUGAGAGAGCAUUCGCCUGUGACUUAGUUGAUUUAUGGAAGAAAAUUUUACUUCGAAGGAAGUGACUGUGUAAAUUUUCAGGGAAAAGUUUUUCAUUCAACGAAUUUGAGGUAUUUAAAUUUUUAGCAGAGGUUACUGAGUUCGUUCAUUCAGAGAAACUCUAUCUCAGGAUAAAAAGGAGUUUGUGGACAAUUGAGCCAGAGAGGAACAGGGCAUCGCCGAAAGAAACUUCAUUCCAACAAUUUGCUUUUUCUUUCAGGCCAAAAAUGGAGAAGUUCGACAAGGUUUGGGGCUCUGGUAGAAGAAUGAGCCGCAACAUGAGUAGAAACAUGAGUAGAAACAUGAGUCGGAACAUGAGCAGAAGGACCAACUGGGGAGUGGAGGACGUCUUUGCAAGGUCCGGACAUAGCAGGAGAGCUGACGAAGAUGAGGAAGCCCUGAAAUGGGCAGCUCUUGAGAAGCUCCCGACCUAUGAUCGGUUGAGAACCAGUAUACUGAAGUCGUAUACAGAGGAAGAGAGACUGGUUCAACACCAGGAAGUCGAUGUGAGAAAGCUUGAUAUAAACCAGAGACAAGAGUUCAUAGAGAGAUUGUUCAGAAUUGCAGAGGAAGAUAACGAGAAGUUCUUGAGGAAGCUCAGGAAUAGGAUCGACAAAGUUGGAAUCAGGCUCCCUACUGUGGAGAUUCGAUUUGAGCACUUGACAGUGCAAGCAGAAUGCCAUGUAGGGAGCAGAGCCCUCCCUACACUAUUGAACGCAUCAAGAAACCUUGCGGAAUCGGCUCUUGGAUUAGCAGGAAUCAAGCUUACAAAGACAACCACCCUCACCAUUUUAAAAGAUGCGUCAGGGAUCAUAAAACCUUCGAGGAUGACACUUUUGUUGGGGCCUCCAUCUUCAGGGAAGACAACCCUUUUGCUGGCUCUUGCUGGAAAAUUAGACCCAAGCUUGAAGUCGAAGGGAGAAGUCACAUACAACGGCCACCGAUUGAAUGAGUUUGUUCCUCAGAAGACUUCAGCUUACAUUAGCCAGCAUGAUGUACACAUUGGAGAGAUGACUGUUAAAGAAACUCUCGAUUUCUCUGCAAGGUGUCAAGGGGUUGGAACUAGAUAUGAGCUUCUAUCUGAACUUGCGAGGAGAGAAAAGGAUGCCGGGAUUUUCCCUGAAGCUGAAGUCGAUCUUUUUAUGAAGGCAACCGCUAUGAAAGGAGUUCAGAGUUCACUUCAAACUGACUACACACUAAGAAUUCUUGGCCUGGAUAUAUGUAGAGACACUAUAGUUGGAGAUGAAAUGCAGAGAGGAAUCUCUGGUGGCCAGAAAAAGAGGGUCACUACUGGGGAGAUGAUUGUUGGGCCGACAAAGACCCUGUUUAUGGAUGAGAUAUCAACUGGCUUAGACAGCUCCACCACCUUUCAAAUAGUAAAGUGCCUUCAACAAAUUGUGCACUUAACUGAUGCCACCGUUUUCAUGUCGCUUCUCCAGCCUGCUCCUGAGACCUUUGAUCUCUUUGAUGACAUUGUUUUGCUAUCUGAGGGUCAAAUUGUGUAUCAGGGGCCUCGAGAACAUGUGGUCGAGUUCUUUGAGUCCUGUGGCUUCCGGUGCCCUGAGAGAAAGGGUACUGCUGACUUCUUGCAGGAGGUUACUUCAAAGAAGGAUCAAGCGCAAUAUUGGGUUGACAAGAGAAAACCAUAUCGCUACAUCCCUGUUUCAGAAUUUGCAGGAAAAUUCAAAAGGUUUCAUGUUGGGAUGAACCUAGAGAAUGAACUCGCUGUUCCAUAUGACAAAAGCAGAAGCCACAAAGCAGCUCUGGUUUUCACCAAGUACUCUGUUGGGAAAUGGGAGCUUCUUAAGACCUCCUUUGCAAAAGAAUGGCUUCUCAUCAAGAGAAACUCCUUUGUUUAUAUCUUCAAGACAGUUCAGAUCAUAUUAGUGGCUUUCAUCGGAGCAACUGUGUUUUUGAAGACACGGCUUCACACUAACACAGAAGAAGACGGUGGGAUAUAUAUAGGAGCACUUCUAUUUGGGGUGGUAUGUAACUUGUUUAAUGGAUUUGCUGAGCUUUCAAUGACCAUCCAGAGGCUUCCUGUCUUUUACAAGCAGAGAGAUCUCCUCUUCUACCCUGCAUGGGUUUUCACUCUCCCAAAUAUGCUACUCAAAGUACCCAUAUCAGUGCUUGAGUCAACAGCUUGGAUGGUAAUGACUUAUUACACAGUUGGCUUCGCGCCUCAAGCUAGCAGGUUUUUCAAGCAGUUUUUGAUCAUAUUCUUGAUCCAACAAAUGGCAUCUGGGCUUUUUAGGGUCACCGCUGGGAUUUGCAGGUCAGUGACCAUUGCCAACACCGGAGGAGCUAUGUCUUUGCUUAUGAUCUUCAUGCUCGGAGGCUUUAUCCUUCCUCGAGGAUACAUUCCUAUUUGGUGGAAAUGGGGCUACUGGGCUUCACCUCUUUCUUACGCAUACAAUGCCAUCACCGUGAAUGAAAUGUUUGCUUCAAGAUGGAUGACCAAGAGGGCGCCUAAUAGAACCCCUUUGGGUAUUGCGGUUCUUGUUAAUUUUGAUGUUUUUCCUACGAGCAACUGGUUUUGGAUUGGGGCAGCCGGUCUGUUUGGAUUUAUUGUGCUCUUCAAUGUUUGCUUCACCCUUUCACUCGUGUAUCUGAAUCCCAUUGGAAAGCAUCAAGCUGUGAUUUCUGAAGAAACAGUUGCUGAAAUGGAGUCUCAACAAGAGGGUACCAGUGAAACACCAAGGAUCAAGGUAUCGGGGUCCAGAAAAGAACAUAAGCGGUCAUUGUCUGCCGCAGAUGGGAACAACACAAGAGAAAUGGCAAUUAGGAGAUUGAGCAGCAAAACGGAUGGGCUUAGUCGUAAUGCUGAUUCAGCUCUAGAAGCAGCUACAGGAGUGGCUCCAAAAAGAGGGAUGGUUCUUCCAUUUCCACCUCUUGCCAUGUCGUUUGAUGAAGUCAACUAUUAUGUCGACAUGCCUCCUGAAAUGAAGGAUCAGGGUGUAACAGAAGAUAGAUUGCAACUACUGAGAGGAGUAACAGGAGCGUUUAGGCCUGGAGUUCUUACUGCCCUUAUGGGAGUUAGUGGAGCUGGUAAAACAACUCUAAUGGAUGUGCUUGCUGGUAGGAAAACAGGGGGAUACAUUGAAGGGGAUAUCAAAAUCUCUGGUUACCCCAAGAACCAGGAGACCUUUGCGAGAAUUUCGGGUUAUUGUGAACAAACUGAUAUCCACUCUCCCCAGGUCACUGUUAGAGAAUCAUUGAUCUACUCUGCAUUCCUUCGCUUACCCAGUGAAAUUAGCAAGGAAGAUAAAAUGAUCUUUGUGGAUGAAGUUAUGGAAUUAGUAGAGCUCGAUAAUCUCAGGGAUGCUAUAGUGGGGCUUCCUGGUGUGUCUGGUUUAUCAACAGAGCAGAGGAAGCGCUUAACUAUUGCUGUUGAGCUUGUGGCAAAUCCUUCAAUCAUUUUCAUGGAUGAGCCCACUUCAGGACUUGAUGCAAGAGCGGCGGCUAUCGUAAUGAGGACGGUUCGGAACACAGUAGAUACUGGGCGUACAGUUGUUUGUACAAUUCAUCAACCCAGCAUUGACAUCUUUGAAGCAUUUGAUGAGCUUCUACUGAUGAAGAGAGGUGGCCAAGUAAUCUAUUCAGGGCCUCUGGGCAGUAACUCCCACAAAAUCAUUGAAUAUUUUGAGGCCAUUCCAGGUGUUCCAAAAAUCCAUGACAAAUACAACCCUGCGACAUGGAUGCUUGAAGUGAGCUCCAUUGCUGCUGAAGUUCGUUUGAAUAUGGACUUUGCUGAGUACUACAGGGAAUCGUCUUUGCACCAGCGCAAUAAGGUACUGGUUAAGGGGUUAAGCACUCCCCCUCCAGGAUCAAAGGACCUGUAUUUCCCUACAAAGUACUCUCAACCACUGGCGGGGCAAUUCAAGUCUUGCCUUUGGAAACAAUGGAUCACUUACUGGAGAAGCCCUGAUUAUAACCUUGUGCGCUAUUGCUUUACCCUUGUUUGUGCUCUACUUCUUGGAACCAUCUUCUGGAAAAUUGGCGAACAAAGAGAGAGCUCGGUGGAUCUGAAUGUGAUUAUUGGCGCAAUGUAUGCGGCUGUGCUCUUUGUGGGUGUCAACAAUUGUUCCACUGUGCAACCGCUUGUGGCCAUAGAAAGAACCGUAUUUUAUAGAGAGAGAGCUGCCGGAAUGUACUCUGCCUUGCCAUAUGCCAUAUCUCAGGUGAUCACUGAAAUACCAUAUGUGUUAUUCCAGACUACAUUUUAUACUUUGAUAGUGUAUUCUAUGGUGAGCUUUCACUGGACGGCAGUCAAGUUCUUCUGGUUCUACUUCAUUACCUUCUUCUCCUUCCUCUACUUCACUUACUAUGGUAUGAUGACCGUCUCUAUCACCCCCAACCAUCAAGUUGCUGCCAUCUUUGCCGCUGCCUUCUACUCUCUCUUCAACCUCUUCUCAGGAUUCUUCAUCCCCAAAAAGAGGAUCCCAAAGUGGUGGAUAUGGUACUAUUGGAUCUGCCCUCUUGCCUGGACCGUCUAUGGUCUCAUCAUCUCUCAAUAUGGGGACUUGGAGGACGACAUCAUUGUGCCUGGUGGAGGUAAGCAAAAAAUCAAGGACUUUGUCGUCAGUUACUAUGGCUAUGACACUGGAUUCAUGGGUCCAGUUGCUGGAGUUCUUGUUGGAUUCGCCACGUUUUUCGCCUUUGUCUAUGCCUGGUGCAUCAAAUCCUUGAACUUCCAACAAAGAUGAGAAUAGAUAUUACAGGAGUUACCAAAAAUAAAAGAAGGCGAUAAUUUUGGCGAUAAUUGUGUACAUAUAUGGGUUUGUUAAGAUAGGGACAUGAAUUGAAGACGAUUCAUGGCAUCUAAUGGUUGUUAGAAAUGUUUAGAGAUCUUUUCUCCUUCUUCUUAGGUAUUGGUUUAUUUAUUUAAUUUUUAAGCUUUUUGAGUAAAGAUCUCUUGCCAAUGGUGGGAAAAUGUAUAUGUAAAUGUCUCUUGUACUUGUAUUUCUAUGCAGAAGCAUCAAUGAGUUGAAUUUUCAGAUUAA